CCCCCUUUUUUUCCUCUCUCCCUCACACACUCUGUUUCUUUUUAGCAGCAACAUACAGACCGGCCAUGUUAGAGAGAUGAAAAUAAAGCUUUCUUAACGUUGUAUGUGUCUUUGAAGUACAUCCGUGCAUUUUUUUUUAGUACCUAACAAUUCCUCCCUGGUAGCCCUCAGCCCCUCAUAUCACCCUCUCCCAUAUCUUGAUUAACAUCUCAGUCUCUGAAAAUGCACAAAGAUGCCUGGCUACCUCGCCCUGCUUUCAGCCUCACGGGGCUCAGUCUCUUUCUCUCUUUGGUGCCUCCAGGGCGGAACAUGGAAGUCACAGUACCUACUACCCUCAAUGUGCUCAAUGGCUCUGAUGCCCGCCUGGCCUGCACCUUCAACUCCUGCUACACAGUGAACCACAAACAGUUCUCCCUGAACUGGACUUACCAGGAGUGUAGUAAUUGCUCUGAGGAGAUGUUCCUCCAGUUCCGCAUGAAGAUCAUUAAUCUGAAGUUGGAGCGAUUUCGAGACCGCGUGGAGUUUUCGGGGAACCCUGGCAAAUACGAUGUGUCAGUGACGCUGAAAAACGUGCGAAUCGAGGAUGAAGGCCUAUAUAACUGCUAUAUCAUGAAUCCACCUGACCGCCACCGUGGCCAUGGCAGGAUCCACCUGCAGGUCCUCAUGGAAGAGCCCCCUGAGCGGGAUUCCACAGUGGCAGUGAUCGUGGGAGCCUCUGUGGGGGGGUUCCUGGCUGUGGUCAUCUUGGUGCUGAUGAUAGUGAAGUGCGUGAGGAGGAAAAAAGAGCAGAAACUGAGCACGGAUGACCUGAAGACUGAGGAGGAGGGCAAGACAGAUGGUGAGGGCAAUGCUGACGGUGGUGCCAAGUAACAGGUGGCUGUCCCUGCAGCCCCCUCAUGCCCUGUUCUCCCUGUGGCCCCCUUGUGCCCUUUUUCCCACUCCACCUUGUACAGUGUGCCCCUGCCUGCCCUCUCUGGUGUGCUUCUCUCAAACCAGGAUCCCAGGGCCAACCUGGUACCUCCUGAACCCCUCACUUUGUAUUCCCCACUCUGCACCAAGAGUAACCCACCUCUCUUUAAUUUGAGAAAACUGCCAUGGUGUACGGUGUGUGUGGCCCCUGGGGGAGGGAGAAGUGGGUUCAAAACUGCCAGUCCCUGAGAGAAGGCAAGAGGCAUGUGUGAGGGCCCCAGGGAGAAGGGGCCCAGGGUGAGCAGUAGUGGAGGAGAGGGUCAGCUGUCCAGCCUGCUCAGUGCACGGAUGCAUCUGGUAGCAGCUUCAGAGAAGACCCAUGAGUGGGAUAUGGGCUCUACUCCCAGCCUAGAGCAGCCUUGUCAGGCCAGGGGGUAGCGACGUGUUCCUUUAAUUUGGAGGUGGGGCAUAUUAAAGGGACAACUGUGCAUUUUCUGAGCAUUGAAGGAAAGCCAAAACCAGAGGCAAAUGGAGAUGAACCUUGGUCCGGGGAGCUCUGCUUUCAUCUUCUCCAUUGAUGGCUGCUACCCCGGAAGCCUGUGGUUUUCUUUUGGCUGGUGAUGCCUUCAGAUUUUUGGUGAGAGUGGUACUGAAGAGCUCAGCUGAAUCAUGGUGGGCCAUGCUGUCCAGGUCAUUUUCCACCACAGCUGCCCACCAACAGGAGAUAAAUUUCCAUCAGCCAAGGGACUGCUGAGGUGGGGCUCAGUUGUAAAAUGAGCUUACUGCAGACUGCCUUCUCUAACAGGAUGACCAUCGGUCUGAGCUGGGAGCAGCCAAGGUGCAGAGAUGAGGAGGGGCUGGGUGCCACGGGCAGAGAACUUGAUGUGCAGAGUGGGGGCUUCAUUUGGAGCUUCUGUUCAGACUUUCCCAGUUACCCUCAGCAAUUUUUAGCUGACUUCUGACUAGAGACCAAGGAAGGGAAUGCCCUAAGGGAAGCAUGAGGGGAGAUGCUGUGGCCAUGUCACAUCUAGAGCCAUGUUACAUCCUCCUUGCCCCAACAAUACUCUUGUGGAAAAGAAAGUAGCAUUUGUGGGGAUCCAACAUUCACUGCCAUUUUAUUCACAAUUUAGAGAGUGGUUCAAGAGAGGGAGAGAAACUGAUGAUGUAAAGAAUGCUACCUUGGAGAUCAACCAGCCAAGUCACUCAUACUACAGAUGGGGAAACUGAGGUUCAAACUGACAAAAAUAGAGGGUCCUGUCACCUUCUCUGACUCCUCAGUCUCCAGUCUGAAUUCACAGAGCCCUAGUUGUCCUUGUGGGAGGGGCCUCUGUGGACUGGAGGGAGGGAAAGAGGGAGGGAGGUGAGGUGAGGGGAGUAUACUCACCUCCCAGGAGCCCAGCCUCUCCAGGCUGUGACUGAGGCAGGGAUGGAAUGAUGACAAUGAAGACAGAGCCACUGGCAAUGCCCCAUCCCAUGCCCUAGGCUGAGCCUCUUUCCGGCUUUCCAGGAGCUGAGGUCCUGCCCAGGCUCAGGGAGUCAGAGCUCAGAGCAGGAAUGAGUCUGGGGGAAAGGGGUGGAGAUCGGACAGUGACAGUCUCAGGGACCAUUCUCUGCCUCUGCCAAUUAGAUGGUCAGUUUGGGGAGUGAGCAUAUAGGAGAUUUAGUUUAAUUCGCUUCCAUUUAUUGAGCAUCUCCUAUGUGCCAGGCACUGUGUUAGGUGCUGGGGAUGUACACAAAGCCAUAACAGAGUUGGGACCUGCCAGGUCAGCCCUGUGGGAACCAAGAUUAAUUUUUUUGGUGCAUCUAAUUCUGUCUGCGCAGUUACUACUUCCAGGGCUGGAACUGGGGAAGAAGGAAGAGAUUGCAGAAUCUGAGCCCUGGGAAGGAAGGAAUGGGAAGAAAGGAGGAUGAUACAACAGGGAAGAGGGUGAGAAGCCAGGCAUAGUGGAGGGUGGCCAGCCAGCCAGCCAGAUAGCUCCUGGGUGGGUUGGGUCCAGCCCACCCUGAAAUUCUAAUUCUUCUGUUCAGUACCUAACUGCCAAUCAACACACUGCCAGUGGGGGUCAGCUAAGCCUCCAGAAUGCCCCGGGGCAAGCAGACAUCACCCAACUUUCAAGACAACCAGCGGAGAGGGGAGCAUGUGGAUAACUCAUGCCAGCUGAAACCAAGGGUGUUUGUUUGCACUUCUGUAGUUUGCAGAUAGCACUUUUUGGCAACCUUUCAAGUACCCUUCUCCUGGGACAAGUGAGGACGAGUUCUGAUGCUGGCUGGGGACCUUUCUUUUUCCAGGACUCAUAACAUUCAGCGCAAUUAUUUGUAAGAUUCCUUAGGUUUAUUCUAAGAAAUACUAACUCUCUGUAAAGUGGCCCAAGACUUCUGGGUUCCUUCUCUUCUCUGCCGUGACCCAUUGGGGCCUAGGGAGGGCAAGUCCUCUCCACAGGCCUCAGGGGCCCGAGCAGAUGAAGAUGGACCAGGAACCACCUGUGCCCCAGGUGCCCACCCUCAUAUGCACCUUUUUCUCAAGCCUCUUAGAAUCUCCUCCAGAAGUCUCAUAGAGCUGCCUCCCCCAGGGCAGUGAGGUUGGGAACAAAGUCAAGCUUUUGUGAAUAGAGGUGGGAAAGUAUGAGAUGUUUCCACAGCUGCCAGCUCUCUACUUUGCUUUCUAGUUUGUAUCAGCAAGCUGUUUCUUUUUCUGCACUGUGGAGUUCAAGCCCUACUCUGGCUGCAUGUUGCCGUUACUGCACUCCGCUGGGUCCAGUCUGCUGGUUUUCUCAACUGCCCCACCUCUCCUGCUCUCUCAGAACCCCCUAUUUGUCUGUUCUUUUUAAUCAAGGGUCAUUGUAAAGAGAGGUGGGCUGGCCAGCCCAUGGAAUUUAGCUUUUAAGAACAAAGCACAAUUAUUCAGGAUUAAAAUGCCUUGAGGUGCCUUGGAACUGGCUUUGGAAAUUUCUGCCCCCUAGAUAUGGGCUAAUCACAUUUAUUCCCAAUUAAUACAAAGGAAAAGCUGAUUGGAUCCAUAUUUCUCCCUGUUAAUCUCCUUGGGGAGGUUGGGCUGGUAAGUAUUUACAAAGUCAGGUUAAGCGGGUGGACAAUUGAAAAUACUGGCCAGGUCCAAAGGAUAGUCCCAGGCCAUGGGAAUGGCUUGGUGCAGUUGGAAUGGGUGAUAAAUCAAGAAACUUUCCUUUCUACUUAUGUCUUAAGGAUAGACAGCCUGUGUCUCUUGCUGUGCCUCCUGCUGAUGUCUUCCUUUAUUAAAGCUUGCUGAUGCAUUUGUAGACAGUCUAUAUAUAGGGAUAGGUAUAUUAUAUAUACAUGAAUAUAAAACAUCUCACUACACCCACCCCAAAAGAUACAUUGGGGAGGGAAACAAUCAUUUCUCAAUGUUUUGAGUUGAAUCACCAAAGUCAAAUUAUGGAAUGUUUUUGUUCCUCUUUGUGCACUUGGAGGAGACAACUCAACUACUUAUAUACUCUCAAGAUUUUAUGUACUAUAGGGUGGUUGGAAGAGGUGGUGGGAGAGAAACUUAAAUGGUUCCCUGUGGCCCAGCUGCUGGGAUGUGUUUGCUUUUUGGAGCACAGUGGUGUUUGUUUGUUUGUUUUUUUGUUUGUUUGCAGUUUGUCUUCUCCAUUGGAUCUAUUGCUAUAAUAAACAGAUUGUCUUCCCUGA